CCAAGAAAGAAAGAGAAAAGGAAUUUUGAUCCUAGUUAAAAUAGGGGAGAGAAACAAGAAAAUAAGUAGAAAGAGAGAAAGAGAAACAGAACAAAAGCUGCGUAGAAGAUAUUUUGGUUGGUCUUUGUGUCUGAUGCGAUCCUUCUGCAAGUAUUUUAGGGUUCCUGCUACUUCGCUAUCUUACAGAAAUCCUGCAUAGAGAAAAGAAAUCUGUUAUUAUUGGGAUUUGCGGAUUAUAUUUACAUCGACGUGGAUGGUAGAAAAAGUUGGAUCUUUUCGAUUUGAAGAUUGGUUUUGGGAGACGGAUUGCUUUGGGGCUUGAAAUUUCAAAUUGUGGUUGUGGAUCGGGGUUUCAGAUUAGGGUUUACAAGAGACUUUGGAAAAGAAAAGGAGAUCAUUAUCUAAUUAUGCGAACUUCGUGGGCGGAUUCUGUCUCUGCAGCUGAGAAUACAGCUGCUGGAUCCUCUGCUAAUAACGGAGUUGGUAGCACUUCACGUCCUGCAAGAUCGUCCUAUGUUCCUCCACAUCUCCGUAACCGGCCAUCAUUGUCUGACCCUCCUGCUGCUCUUGCUCCUGCACCUGCUCCAGCUCCAGCUGCAGCAUUUGCAUCCAGUGGUUCUUCCUUUAGCAAUGAUCGACCUGGUUAUAGUGCUGCUUUGGGUGGGAACCGUUGGGGUGGUCCAAGGUCUGAUCUAGGGCGGCCUGGCUACAGCAGCGGUGGCCGCGUUGGUGGUGGUGGUGGUGGUGGUGGUGGUGGUGGUUGGAACAACAGUCGUGGUGGAUGGGAUCGUGGAAGGGAACGGGAGGUAAAUCCUUUUGGAGAGGAUGUCGACACCGAGCCAGCGUUUGCUGAGCAGGAGAACACUGGCAUUAACUUUGAUGCCUACGAAGAUAUUCCAGUGGAGACCAGUGGGGAGAAUGUGCCACCACCUGUGAACACUUUUGCUGAGAUUGACCUGGGCCAAGCUCUCAAUCAAAAUAUACGGAGGUGCAAAUAUGUUAAACCAACCCCUGUGCAGCGACAUGCCAUUCCAAUUUCCCUUGCGGGGAGGGACUUGAUGGCUUGUGCACAGACUGGGUCUGGCAAGACAGCUGCUUUCUGCUUCCCAAUUAUCAGUGGAAUUAUGAAUGGGCAGUUUUCUCAGAGACCACGUGGAGCACGUACAGUUUACCCACUUGCUCUUAUUCUCUCACCCACAAGGGAGCUGUCUUGCCAGAUAAAUGAGGAAGCUAAGAAAUUUUCCUAUCAAACUGGUGUCAGAGUGGUUGUUGCUUAUGGAGGGGCACCCAUUAACCAGCAGCUGCGGGACUUGGAGAGGGGUGUUGAUAUUCUUGUGGCAACUCCUGGACGGUUAGUAGAUUUGUUGGAGAGGGCUAGAGUGUCACUUCAGAUGAUCAGAUAUUUGGCUCUUGACGAGGCUGAUCGAAUGUUGGAUAUGGGUUUUGAACCACAAAUUAGAAAGAUUGUGGAACAAAUGGACAUGCCUCAACGAGGUGACAGACAGACAAUGCUCUUCAGUGCUACUUUCCCCAAAGAAAUACAGAGAUUGGCCUCGGACUUUCUUUCCGGUUACAUUUUCCUAGCUGUUGGAAGGGUUGGUUCAAGUACUGAUUUGAUUGUCCAAAGAGUUGAAUUUGUUCAAGAGUCUGACAAGAGGAGCCACCUCAUGGACCUUCUUCACGCACAGAGGGCGAAUGGAACUCAUGGCAAGCAAUCUCUGACUCUAGUUUUUGUGGAGACAAAGAAAGGAGCCGAUGCGUUGGAACACUGGUUAUGUAUGAAUAGUUUCCCGGCAACUACUAUUCAUGGUGAUAGAACACAGCAGGAAAGAGAGCAAGCAUUGAGAUCAUUUAAGAGUGGUGUAACCCCAAUUUUGGUGGCAACUGAUGUGGCAGCACGUGGUCUUGAUAUACCUCAUGUUGCGCAUGUAGUCAACUUUGAUCUUCCCAAUGACAUUGAUGACUAUGUCCAUCGGAUAGGACGGACAGGGCGAGCGGGUAAGACAGGUUUGGCCACUGCCUUUUUCAAUGAAAACAAUGGCUCGUUAGCUAGGCCAUUAGCAGAUCUGAUGCAAGAAUCGAACCAAGAAGUACCUGCGUGGCUCACUCGUUAUGCAUCCCGAGCUUCAUAUGGUGGUGGUAGGAAUCGGCGUUCUGGUGGAGGCCGUUUUGGUGGGCGUGAUUUCCGUAGAGAUGCAUCAUUUAAUAGAGGUGGGGGUGGUGGUACAGAUUACUAUGGUGGAGGCAACAGCAGUGGAUAUGGGGCCGCUCCUGGAGGUUACGGCGGUGGCGGCUAUGCUAGUGCAUGGGACUAGACAUCUAGUAUUUAGAGGACUUUUUUUUCUCAGAAUAUAGUUUUGACAUGAGGUGCAUACUUUUCUUAAUUUAUAGGUUUAAAGGGUAAUUCUUUUGUCUCAUCAGUGUUUCUGAAGUCCCCUUCUGGUUGUCCUGCUGUUGGAAGUUUUAUAUUUUUCUUAGGUAGAGGGGCUGUCCCUUCAAUGAGUUCACGCCAGGAGAAUUUGGGAGAGUUCUAAGUUGAGUGAGAUUAUGGUGGGGUUGAUACUGAGAAACAACUAACAGGUUUAGGAUUUUCUACGUCUCGUCACUUUUUUGUGGUCCUCUUAAAUUUUGGGUGGGUCAUGGGUUGCAGAAUAUGUAAUGAGAGGGAGGGGAUGCUCCAAUUUUGGCCCUUUUUUCAUGUGGCAUGUUCUUUACAACCUGAUUGGAUGAGCGAGACUAGUGAUUGACUGGUGAUCAUCUGGAUUUGUAUGGGAUUUUCCAUUUUCUUGCUCGUUGGGUCUUUUGCCCCUUUUUGCCUGGAGCCUGGAGGGGUCUCCAAUCAUUGUAAUUUUCUGAGUGACUCAAAUAAAUUCAGAGCACUUCCAGAAAAAAGAAAAAAAAGUCU